CCGCAUCAUACAGUUGUCUACACGAGCAUCGUAUCGCUCUCGGAUCGCCUUGACCCAGAUUGCUUUGAUACGCCGUUCAACCACUCCGCUAUUCAGCGGCCACCUUGCCAGGGUAAAUUACGUCUCUGAUACUCCUUGUAAGUGACGUCCCAGAUGGCGAGCCCGUUGCCCAACGAAAUGCUCGCGACCGUGUUCGAGAAUCUGCAGGCCGACGUGCUUGUGCAGGUCGUCCGUGUCUGCCGCAGGUUCCAUGCCGUCGCCGAACGCGCCCUCUACACCAACAUCGCCGUCGCCGAGAACGUCCCACGUUCGUCGCCCGUCCCGCACAAGACUGUCACCUUCUGCCAUACGAUCCUCACGCAUCCGCAUCUCGCCGAGUCCCCCAAAAAGGUCGCAGUGCGCUGGGUGACCGAAUCGGGGCCCCGAGAGCCAUACAUGCAGCACAUCGAGCCAGUGCUCCAACUCCUCAAUCGCGCCCUACGAAUGUUGCACGGUCUCGAGUCGCUUGAGCUGGCGCUGGGCAUGUCAGGUGGCUCGAUUUCUUCACGAGGGAUCCUCAGUGACUGUGCCUUCCCGCACUUACGGCUCUUCGCGCUAAGCGGCGUCGGGCGCGGCGGGCUCCCCGCCAAGACACACCCGACGCCGACGCCGCCCAUCGAGUGGUUCCUCGCCGAGACGCCAUCGAUCGUGCACCUGCGGCUCGCGGACUGCUACGAGGUGCUGCACCUGUCGGCCGCGGACCUGCCGUGCCUGCGCACGUUCCGCGGGAGCGCGCCGACGGCGGCGAGCGUGCUGCCGGGGCGGCCCGUGCAGCUGCUGAGCCUCGUCGGGCACGAGUUCGUCACGGAGCGCGACCUCGAGCGCAUCGCGUGCGCGAGCGUGCGCAUCCGCUGGCUCGACCUCAGCUCCAUGUCCGUCACGCCCCUCCUCCUCCGGGACAUCUCCCGGCAUUUGUUCGGCGUCGAGCACCUCAAGGUCAAGCUCGCGCUCCGGCACACGCUCCAUCACGCCAUGUCCGGCAUCAGCCUACUUGUCGGCCUGACGUCGGUGCUUGGUGCAUUUCCGGAGUUGAAUCAGCUUGACCUUUCGCCGACGGCCCUUGACGGUGUUGGCGACUCAAACGUCUCCGACGAGCAGACCCUCUGCGACUCCUGGUCCCGCGGCUGUCCCACCCUGCGGCAUAUCAUCUUUCCCUCAGGGACCGAGUGGCUGCGAAGAGACGAUGCGCGUUGGGUGCCCGCCGCAGGGGUGCACUGAACAGGACUCCAUUCACAGAAUUAUGCUAUUUCAUCUAACCUUUCUAGCAUUUUGGCAAUAGCCUUCAUGAUUUUUACGACUCAAGUAGAUCACAAACAUCCGACCACAGUGUUCGGCUGCAGAGCCUGAGAGAGAUGCGUCCGUUGGCGGGAAACGACUCCACGGAUGCGGAACAAUAGCUAUUCUAUUAGUAUAUCCUAUUCGCCUGAUUGGCACACACGGACAGACGUGCAGACAUUAUAAC